ACUGAUUUUAAUCAAGGAUGAGGGGGCAGGUUUCCCUGACCAACAUGGCGGCUGUUGGGACAGUCGGGUCCUAUUUCAUUUCUCUUUGGGGUUUAUAAAGUAUUUUCAGUGUGUCCUUCUCCACUGUUUCCCUUGCGACCUGCAGGCGGCGCAGUGAUCUGAAACAAACCCGAGAAGAAGAGUUGGAGAAAACAUGUCGGCGGUGCUGUAUGAUUACAGAACAUUUGGUUCGGACUCGCUCCGUGUUUAGCUUCUCCUCCAGCCUCAGUCAAAUGGCUCAGGUUCGGCUGUCAGUGGGCUGUAGGAGCCUGGUCCGGUUGCUGUUGCGGUCUGCCGGAUCUCCAACAAGGACGGUGGUAUCUUCAGUCGGUCCAGGACAGGUGGAGAAUGGACCGAGCCUGCUAAGCGACCUGCUGGGAGACUACAGGAGGCUGAGCUCCAAGCCACCCAAAGGAUUUGAGAAAUAUUUUCCUGGCAGCCAGAAAUCUACAAAAACUUCUGAAUCAGAAGCUGCAGCUAAAGAAUCUAAACCUACCAAUGCUCAGAAACCCUCUGGGAAGUCAGGAGGAGGAUCAGGAGGUGGAGGGAAACGAGGAGGUCGGAGGGAGGAUUCACACUGGUACAGCCGCCUGCAGAAGGGUGACAUUCCAUGGGACGAUAAGGAGUUCCGCAUUUACCUUCUGAGCGGUAUGGCGUUCUGGACCGCCGUCACCUACUACUUCUUCCUGCGGGAUGGAGGGCGGGAGGUCACCUGGAAGGACUUUGUCAACAACUACCUGUCCAAAGGAGCGGUGGACCGGUUGGAGGUCAUCAACAAACGUUACGUCAAAGUGGUGUUCUCGCCAGGGAAGACGCCGUUGGACGGGCAGUACGUCUGGUUCAACAUUGGCAGCGUCGACACCUUUGAGAGGAACCUAGAGACGGCUCAGAGCGAGCUCGGCAUUGAGAGCGAGAACCGUCUGCCUGUAGUCUACUCCACAGAGAGUGAUGGAACGUUCCUGCUGAGCAUGCUACCAACAGUGCUCAUCAUUGGUUUCCUGCUCUUCAUGCUGCGGCGCGGCCCAGCGGGGGCAGGCCGACCAGGCAGGGGUAUGGGUGGGCUGUUCAGCGUCAGCGAGACGACGGCAAAAAUCCUAAAGGACGAGAUCGACGUGAAGUUCAAGGACGUGGCUGGCUGUGAGGAGGCCAAGCUGGAGAUCAUGGAGUUUGUCAACUUCCUGAAGAACCCCAAACAGUACCAGGAUCUAGGGGCAAAGAUCCCCAAGGGAGCCAUCCUGACAGGGCCCCCGGGAACCGGCAAGACCCUGCUGGCCAAGGCGACGGCGGGUGAGGCCAAUGUGCCCUUCAUCACGGUGAACGGCUCAGAGUUCCUGGAGAUGUUCGUGGGCGUCGGCCCCGCCAGGGUCAGAGAUCUGUUCGUCAUGGCCAGAAAGAACGCUCCCUGCAUUCUCUUCAUAGACGAGAUUGAUGCGGUGGGUCGGAAGCGAGGCCGUGGAAACUUUGGAGGGCAGAGCGAGCAGGAGAACACGCUGAACCAGCUGCUGGUGGAGAUGGAUGGAUUCAACACUGCCACAAAUGUGGUAGUUCUGGCGGGAACCAACAGACCUGACAUCCUGGACCCGGCUUUGCUGAGACCCGGGCGCUUUGACAGGCAGAUUUAUAUCGGUCCUCCUGACAUCAAAGGUCGGGCAUCCAUCUUUAAAGUCCACUUGCGUCCUUUGAAGUUUGGACCCGACCUGAACAAAGACACUCUGGCCAAGAAGAUGGCUGCCCUCACACCUGGAUUCUCAGGUGCCGACAUCGCCAACGUCUGUAACGAGGCCGCUCUGAUUGCUGCCCGCCACCUUUCAGACACCAUCAGCCAGAAACACUUUGAGCAAGCUAUUGAGAGAGUCAUUGGAGGUCUGGAGAAGAAGACUCAGGUUUUGCAGCCAGAGGAGAAGAAGACGGUGGCGUACCAUGAAGCGGGCCACGCUGUUGCCGGGUGGUUCCUGGAGCACGCUGACCCGCUACUGAAGGUGUCCAUCAUUCCCAGGGGAAAGGGGCUGGGAUACGCCCAGUACCUGCCCAGGGAGCAGUACCUGUACACCAAGGAGCAGCUGCUGGACCGCAUGUGCAUGACUCUGGGCGGCAGAGUCUCCGAGGAGAUCUUCUUUGGCAGGAUCACCACCGGAGCUCAGGAUGACCUGAGGAAGGUCACACAGAGCGCCUACGCUCAGAUCGUUCAGUUUGGCAUGAACCCUAAGGUGGGUCAGGUCUCCUUUGACCUACCCCGGCAGGGGGAGAUGGUUCUGGAAAAACCAUACAGUGAGGCCACAGCGCGGCUAAUCGACACCGAGGUGCGAAUCCUGAUCGGCGAGGCGUACCGGAGGACCCAGCAGCUACUGAACGACAAAAAGGCUGAGGUGGAGAAGGUGGCGCAGCGGCUGCUGGAAAAGGAGGUUCUGGAUAAGAAUGACAUGGUGGAGCUGUUGGGCAAACGGCCAUUUGCAGAGAAGUCGACGUAUGAAGAGUUUGUGGAGGGAACCGGCGGCGAUGACGAAGACACAACGCUGCCAGAAGGCCUGAAGGACUGGAAUCAGGAGAGGAAGGACAAGGAGGAGAGCCCAGAGGAACAAGUUGCCAGACAGAUCUCUGGAGGAAUGCCCUUCUAGAUCCAAAACUGUUCUGCUGACACAAACAUUUCACACUUCCAGACUCUGCUGCCUGGAGGUCUGCUUCUAGAACCCGUUCUGCACCAAACACAAGUCCGCCAACAAACUGUUCUGUUGGGUUGUGACUCUUACCACCAGUCUGAAUCACUUGUUCUGAUCCUUUUCCAUCUGAGGGUCUACAGUUGCUCUUCAGAUAAGAACUCUACCGACAUUGUGCUUCACUACUUUUGUUCCACAGAACCCUCUCAGAACUCCGAACCAAGUCCACAACCUGGGAACAGGCAUAGAACCAAGUCUUCCAGAACGACAAGCAGGUUUCAGCUCACAAAUUACAUUUAGAACUGUUCCCUCCCACAUCCAGCCUGUAGAACAUGGAAAUACAGGCAGACGUUCUGGAUGGUAAAAGUGGGUUCCUUAUUAGAACACAGUUGUUAGUAGUCUCAGAAGAAAACCUCUGUUUGGAUUAAAGAACCCUGUAAGCUGGAUAUAGAGGCCAGAGCUGUUAAAAGAACAUCUCUGAACUCAAAAAACAUGACUAACAGUUUCCACCUGAUGUUCCUCUGUAGAACAUCUCACCGGGUUCUACAGAAUUGACAUUUGAUGUGGAAACAUUUGAACAAAAGUUAUACUAGAUUCUAGAUCAUUCAGGAACCAACGUAUGGUUCUAAGGUGGGGGUCUCCAACUCGAGUCCACAGGAUCUACUGUUCUACAGCGUUUACAUGCUUUUUCAUAGCUGGUUCAUUAUGUCAUCAGGUUCUGCAGAGGCCUGACUCAGGUGUGUUGAAACUGAACAGCUUCUAAAUGUUGCAGGACUGGCUCUCAAGAUCUAAAGUUGGAGACCACUGUUCUGUAAGGCUCCGUAGUUUGGCUUUUAGAACCUGUCAAAGGGAGGUUUCCCAUGAAGUUCUCCUGCUGGUGUUCCACUGUCUUACCUGUAGAACCUUUUUUUCUGAUAGAAAGUUUCAGAUCUGGAGUUUGUCCUCCGACUUUAGUGACAAGGACUCGGACUCGGAACCUUUGAGUUGAACCUGUCAGAAAAAUGGGCAGUUUGGUUUUAUUAAAGAACAAACCUUCAGAGAUCAUCACUGUCAGCGUGAGGAAGAGGCAGAGUGGUUCCAGCUUAAACCUCAAGGCUAUGAGUGUAAACAUGUAAAAUGAUGUGUGUUUAUAAUAAAGAUAUAUAUGUGG